AGCGAAAAAAUUGAAAAUUGACAAUGAAACGAAGACUUUCAUCUGAGGAUUUCUGUACUGAAGGAAACAUAAUGGCAAAGAAACGAAAGAUCAGACGAGGAAAGAAAGACUGGAGGAAACCUGGUCCUCGUUCGUCCUCUGACUCCUCCAAAGUUCCCAGGACAGAGUCAUGUACAUCAGACACCUCUAGCCACAACAGUGAAACUGCAGGCAAACUAUCAGCUGCUGAGGAAUAUGCAUUGAUUUCUAAGGAGAUUCGUGACUUUGAAGCUGCUUGUGCAUUAAUUUCUGAGGAGAUACAUGACUUAGAAACAGCUUGUGAAGUUUCGCAGACAGAUUGUGCUGCAAACACUCUUGACAACAAUGAGGUUGCGGGCGAUACAAAUGUUGCAGCGGAGCUGCAACAAAAUUUUCAAUCAAAUGAUGGGACAAUCAGUGAAAGCAACAAUGAUGCAUGUCUUCUCUCACAAGCAGACAUUCUUGGAUUGUUUCAAGGACUGAGCAACACGUACAAUCUAACAGAGGUGUCGCCACAGGAGCAACCUUUCCAUGUUGUGUCAGACGGUACCUCUAUGUACCUGGUGGGCCCUCAAAAUCAGGUCUACAUGUCACUGGUACCACCGACUGGAAGUAGUGCUGCCACCACAACAGACUCUCAAAUGGUGUGUACCGUUCACGACAGCCCUGACCAAUCUAACCAACUCACAGACAACAUUAACAAAUCGCAGCAGUUCAUUUCCAAGUCUUUUUCUGAGAGAAUCAAGGAAAGGCUUGAUAACUGGUAUGAUGCGACUAUGGAUGUUGAUCGGAGAGAGGCGGAUCUCCUAAGAUAUCCCUCUCAUCUGCUGGAAUGGUCUGAGCGUGUGAAAUUCAGUCACCAGCGCAAGUGGAAAAGGCUAAAGUACCACGAGCCAAAGUACAGCGAGUGGGAUUUCCUCUGAGAAACUUUUCCAUGAAUGGGACAGUUUUUUGUGUUGCAGUGCUAUAAACUCUCUGGGCCACCCUGUGACAUUUUCAGGAAUGGGACAGUUAUUAUGUGUUGCGGUGUUAUAAACUCUUUGGACCAAACUUUGACAAUCCAUGUCAACCCAUCAUUUGUCUUUCAAGACUUUUUAAACGUUUGAAAACACAAACGUUACUUAUUUAUUAUUUUUGUUAUUUAUUUUUUUUCUGAUUAUUUAUUAAUUGGUUGGCAAUUUUUUCUUGGCAAAUUAUGUUUACGAUGAAACAUUAUUGACAGACAGCUACAGUAAGCACUAUGUGAAAUCAUAUGAAACAUUUUAAUGUUUGUUAUCAUAAUCAUCAUAUCUUGAUUUUAUCUUUAAUUUUUGGCACCAAAUGUAUCUUCAAAUUUUGGUUUGGCUGUGAAUCAAAGUGGCCAUUAAGAGUUGGUCCUGCAUGCUUUAAUUACUUGUAAAUAUUUUAAUUAUUAUAAGAUAAUUGAAUUUUUUUUCAUUAUUUUAUAAAUAAACUAUAUGGUUACAUUA